AUGAUAGAUAUAAAGGCGUCAAUUGAAGGACGCAAAACCUGUUUGACUUUUGUCUAUGGUGAUCCGGUCAUUGAGUGCCGUGAAUAUGUAUGGGAACGCCUUACCCGUAUGAGUUUAGGGAGAACUGAAGCAUGGUUUAUGAUAGGGGAUUUCAAUGAGAUAAAUAGUAAUGUGGAGAAGAAGGGAGGUCGGAAACGACAGGAGACAUCUUUCAUCCCCUUUAGAACAAUGCUUGCCAAUUGUGGUAUGAUCGACUUUCCCUAUAAGGGUAACCCGAUGUCGUGGGUUGGUUUUAGAAGCUCCGGAAAAGUCCAGUGUAAAUUAGAUCGGGCUAUAGGUAAUGAAGAAUUCCGACCGAUAAGCUUAUGCAAUGUUAGCUAUAAGAUCAUCUCAAAGAUAAUGUGUAAACGGCUAAAGAAAUUCCUCCCGAAGCUUAUAUCGGAGACGCAGUCGGCCUUUGUGGCUAGAAGACUUAUUUCGGAUAAUAUCUUGGUCGCUCAAGAAAUCUUCUAUGCGAUCAGAACUAAUCCGAUUUGUAAAUCAAAGUUUGUGGCUAUCAAGACAGACAUGAGUAAGGCCUAUGAUCGCGUGGAAUGGAACUUUCUCGAAGCAUUGAUGUUAAAGAUGAGAUUUGCAGCGAAAUGGGCCACCUGGAUCAAAUGGUGUAUUUCGUCAGUAUCGUACCAGGUCUUACUAAACGGCGAGGCAAAGGGCAACAUAAAACCUACACGAGGACUGCGCCAGGGAGACCCUUUAUCCCCAUUUCUUUUUAUCAUAUUAACAGAAGCACUUAUUUCUCAGAUUAAAGGAGCAGAGGAUGAGGGAAGACUCACUGGUCUAAAAAUUGCCCAAGCCAGCCCGGCAGUGUCUCAUCUCCUUUUCGCUGAUGAUAGCUUAUUUUUCUGCAAAACAGAUGUCCAGCAAUGUGCUGAGUUAAUGAAGAUCAUUAACAAUUAUGGAAUGGCGUCCGGACAGCAACUAAAUACCUCCAAAUCCUCUAUUCUCUUUGGAAGUAAAGUCUCAGUGGAAGUGAAACAAGCGAUCAAAGCAGCGGUGGGAAUACAAAUGGAAGGAGGGAUGGGGACUUAUCUAGGUCUACCGGAAAAAAUAUGUGGAUCAAAAAGACAGGUGUUCGCCUUCAUACGAGACAGGCUAAACAUCAGAAUCAAUUCCUGGACAGCCAAGUUCUUAUCAAAGGGAGGGAAGGAAAUUCUCAUAAAAUCGGUAGCACAAGCAUUGCCAACCUACGUCAUGUCGUGUUUUCUUCUGCCUCAAGAUAUUCUGAAUAAAUUAAAAAGCGCAAUAGCUAAAUUCUGGUGGAGUACGAAGCAAAAUAAUAGGGGUUUUUAUUGGAUGGCCUGGGACAAACUAUGUAAACCGGCUGAUAAGGGUGGCCUUGGUUUCAGAGACUUAAAGAAAUUCAAUCUUGCAUUACUUGCAAAGCAACUAUGGCGACUCCUCCAUCAUCCGGAGUCACUUCUGGCCAGGGUCCUCAAGGGAAGAUAUUUUAGAUAUACGAAUCCUCUGGAGAUCAGUAGCUCAAAUGCUCCCUCGUACGGAUGGAGAAGCAUGCUCGCGGCCAGGGAUCUCUUAAAGAAGGGCCUGCGACGUACGAUCGGAUCAGGAUUUAACACCCGCGUGUGGUUUGAUCAUUGGAUACCGUCACAGACGCCUAGGCUAGCUCAGGACAACGGUACGUGGAGGGAUCCUAAACUGUAUGUCAACCAUAUUAUAGACCACAAUACGGGAGAAUGGAGAAUGGAUUUGAUCCGGAAUAUUUUCUCACCUGAGGAUGUGAAUCUGAUACUGAAUAUCAAACCUUGUCAUCGUAUCAAACCUGAUGGCUACUGCUGGACUCACACAAAUUACAGGUUAUACACUGUGAAAUCAGGGUACGAGCUCGCGUCUCUGAUCCAGGAGGAGAGUGCCGAGAAGCAGAUCCUCGAACCAAACAUAAAUCCCUUACUAACUAAGGUGUGGAGUUUGAAAGCGCCAAGGAAGAUCAAACAUUUCUUGUGGCAAUGUCUAACAGGAUGUGUGGCAGUUUGUAGUAGAUUAUCGGACCGACACUGUGGUAAUGAUCGAUCAUGUCCUAGAUGUGGAGGGGAUGAUGAAUCUAUUAACCACCUACUCUUUCAAUGUCCCCCAGCCCUCCAGACAUGGGCUUUGUCAGACAUCCCAUCAGGUCCGGGACGUUUCCCGAGUGAAUCAAUAUAUGAAAAUUUUGACUUCCUUCUGUCCCGAGCUCUGGAAAGGGGUGUCUCGAAGCAACGGUUAUCGAAGUUCCCCUGGAUCAUGUGGUAUGUAUGGAAAGCAAGGAACGAUAAUCUGUUCAAUGGUGUUGAGAUAUCGCCACUGGAUUCCCUUCACAAGGCGACGCAGGAAGGAGAUGAAUGGUUAGUUGCACAAGAAGUUACAAAAGUCGCAAAGGAGAGAGAGAGGCCACAGUCGAUGGAACAAGAGGAGAUAAAUAGGUUGCAUAAACCAAGAUGUCAAGUGGAUGCAUCAUGGGCAAUCAAUCAAUCUACUUUUGGUGGUGGUCUCAUAUUGGAGAUGGAAGAUGGGAGCACUUUUACGGGUUCCCUUGGGAGCAGGCAAGUCCCCUCCCCACUUCACGCGGAGUUCCGAACCUUGCUGUGGGCAAUGAGUUACACGCUCCGUAUGAGUUACAACAAAAUGCAUUUCGAAUCAGAUUGCCUGCAAAUGGUUAAGCUGAUCGAAGAAGAAGAAUUCUGGCCAUCUUUGGCUUCGGAAUGGGAUGAAUUCUCCCGCCUCCGGUCUUUGUUUAAUUUCUUUUCAAUUUCAUUUAUUCCUCGAGAAUUAAACUCCCGUGCUGAUCUCCUUGGAAAAGGAGCUCGCGCGAAAGGUUCUAUUUCCUCCCAUGUAAACAUUUUGGUUCCACCGGAGUUAGCUCAAACUAACCUUUUCGAACCAGUUUAA